AAGCAGACGUGGUGAAAAAUCCGUCAACGUCAUCUCCUCCAAACCUUCUGCACAGAUGCCUCUGCGUUUCAAGUUUCAACCCUUUCCUCUCCUUUAUCCCCUUCCUCUUCCGCCCUAUUUAAAUCAAUGAUUUUGAGACCUAAUUGGAAUGGGUAAUCGUAACAAUGGGGAGAGGGAGACUCAAAAUUGAGCGAAUCGAAGAUAAAAGCUCGCGCCAGGUUACCUUUACCAAGCGCCGAAAUGGACUGUUCAAAAAAGCAAAUGAUUUGGCGGUGCUAUGCGAUGUGGACGUCGCUCUCAUCGUUUUUUCCUCUCCCGGCAAGCUCUACCAGUACAGCAGCACCCCCAGCAUGACUAGGAUCCUGCAACGAUAUCAUAAUCAUCCGGCUGCGAAAGAUGCAGAUCCCUCCACACGACCGGACGAAUAUUCAGGUUUCCUCACAUGUGAGGAGCUCCUUCAAACUGUGGAUAGGAAGAUUGAUGACCCAUCCUCCGAUGACCUCACGGUCGCGGACUUAAUUCGUAUCCAGAAACAGUUUGAGACUGCACUAAUACAAACCAGAGAAACUAAGACACGUUUGCUACUCAAGUCUAUAUCAAACCUCAAGGAACAGGAAAAGCAACUGGAGGAAGAGAAGAUGAUGCUGCAGGAAAAGGUGAAAGGGAGCAAGAGGAAGAUGAAGAGGAAGAGAUGUGCUAUUGAUCUGAACGUGAUGUCAACAAUAGCUGAAUAAGUGAUCAUUUCUGCCUCUGAGAAAUGCAAGGUUAUAUAUGGAAGUGUUGUGUUCAUCAAUCGUCAUGCAAUAACCAAUAAACACUACUAUAUGUAUUGAGUCGAAUGCAUCAGUUUUAUGUAAUAUAAAUAGACUUUAUGUUAUAGUAAUAUCCUAGCAAGUACAUAACGCACGGCAAAAGCGUGCACGUGGUGGAAUGCAUGUGGGUGCAUUUGAAUAUUAUAGUCGUAGUAACUAUCUCUCUAUCACCACUCAUUUUGCUCC